AGCCAGGGGACAGGGUGGGGAGGGCUUUUUGGCCUAGGGAGUGCAAUGUGCAGUCAUGCAGGCGAUGCUGGAUAUGCGGAACUGGUAACGCCAGAAGACGUGUGGGAAGGCGGGGGCCCGAUCUCGAAGGGGCUUGGGUGCCUUCCUAGGGAAUUGUGCCAUUAUCUUCUGCGCCGUGCUUCUCAGAGCCUGAUUCUGUGUACCCUGUGUAGGAAUCACCUCCAGUGCUUGAUGUAAAUGCAGAGUCUUGGAUCCCACCCUAAGUCUAGUCAGUCCACAUCUGGGGUAGAGCCUAAAAUUUUGUACUUUUGCCAAGUACCUGUAGCUGCAACAAGGUUGGUCCAGGUGGUCUCUCUUGCCCAGGUGAGUUGAAGGACGACGCUGUUAUUAGUGUCUUGGUUUGGAAAGGAAAUUAAAUGGUCCCUUAGCUAUGGGGAUCACGAAAGGAUUUCCAUCAGGUGAAAUUUCCAUCAGGAUGGGAUUGACAUUUGAGAACAUUUGCUCUGUGGAGGUGUGGUGAAUGGACCAGAGGUGGGCAGUCUUGUUGAGUAGGUUAUGGAAAAACUAAUCACUCACUUAUUCUGUGAAUCUGAGUGCCUGCUCUGUGUCAGGCACUGUGUGGGGCCUGAGGAUUUGGCAGGCAACAGACACACAAAUCACUGCCCUGGUGGAGAGUAUGUUUGGGGAGAGACAGACAAAACACAAGUAAACUGUAUCUUCUGUUAGGUGGUGGCAGGUGCUAGGGGGACAAAGUAAGUUGGGAGGGGAGUAGGAGGUGUUGGGGGUCUGCAGUUUGGGGGCAAAUUGAAAUGUGAUGUAGGAUGGUCAGGGAAAGUCUGGCUGAGAAAGGUGACAUUUGAAUAAUGCCCCUAAAGAAGGAAGGGGUCCAGUCAUACAGAUAUUAGGGGCAACAGCAUUCCAGGCAGACACCUGUGUACCCUGGGGUAGGAGUGUGAGUGAAGUGUGCCAGGAUCAGCAAGGAGACCAAUGUCGUUAGUAGAGAGGGAGCUAGGAAGAGAUCAGUAGGGGUCGAGGUCAUAGAGGUCACAGGGGCAGAUGGAGAGUCAUGGGGAGCUACUGGGACUUUUGAAGCCGAGGAGUGACAUACUCUGGUGUAGAUUUCAGCAAGCUCUCUGGCUGCUGUGUGGCCGACAGACUGAAAGGGGAAGGGGUUGAAGCAGAGGGACUAGCAAGUAGGAGACCACUACUGUGGUUAUCCAAGGGAGAGAGCAUGGUGGCUUAGAGCAGAGGGGUAGAGGACAGGAGAUGUGGUCAGAUUGUGGAUAUAAUUUGAGGAAAAUCCACAGGGUAGAGCCAGUAUGGUUUGCUGAAGAUUGGUUGUUGGAUAGGAGGGAAGAAUCAAGAUGCCAAGAGUUUUGGCUUGUAGGAAAAUGGUGUUGCAGAGAUGGAGAAGCCUUUGAAUGGAACACAGGAAAUUAGCAGGGUCUCAGGUCUGGACAUAGUUACGAGAUGCCAGUUGUAUAUCCCAGAGCAGAGGUCAGAGAGGUGGCUGGUUUAUAUGGGUUUGGAGCUCAGGGGUGUUGUCUGAGGUGGAGACCUGAAUUUGGGAGUCAUUGGCCUAGAGAUAGGGCCUAAAUUCAGGGGACAGGAGGAGAACAAAAUGCUGGGUGUGUGGAAGAGGGUCUUGCAAUGGGAAUUGAGCAAGGUGCAUUGUCAUGAUAUCAGCCCAUGGGAGUGACAUGGCUUGGUGAGUGAGUGUGAGAGUGAAGUGAAGUGGGGGGUGGGCUCCAAGGUAGACUCCAGCUUUUGGGUGUGGGGUACCCUGGUAACUGGCUGUGCCCUUCCCUGACUUAGGCAACACAGGGCUGGGAGAAUGGGUUGUGUGCUGAGCCACCUGUGCUGGCUUCGACAGGUCGAGUUGGCAGGCUCUCAGGAUCAACUAGGACAGAUGUCUCAUUGGAUCAUGGGCAUCCAGAUCUGGGGAAUCCAGGUUGGAGAAACAAAGCUGGGCUCUCCCAGGCUGCGAGUGGUUCUUUUUUUUUUAAUUUUUUUUUAACGUUUUAUUCAUUUUUGAGACAGAGGCAGAGCAUGAGUGGGGGAGGGGCAGAGAGAGGGGGAGACACAGAAUCUGAAGCAGGCUCCAGGCUCUGAGCUGUCAGCACAGAGCCCGAUGCAGGGCUCGAAGUCACGGACCGCGAGAUCGUGACCUGAGCCCAAGUCAGAUGCUUAACCAACUGAGCCACGCAGGCACCCCUGGGAGUAGUUCUUAAUACCAAGAGUGAGGCGGGAGACUGUACAGAGGGAUCCUGGCCUGCCUUCUUUGAUCUGUUGUCAUGACAGACUGUGAUUCAUACUCUUCUUUGAAGAGUGACUCACAGAGUGGCACCUGGCUCUGCCCGCCAGGUUCAGCCUGGCCCCCAGGGACUGGGGAGCCCUCCCCUGUCUCCUGCAUACUGUACUUCAUGACAACAGAGCUGCGGUCCUGCAAGAGGAUGUGGCUUGCUGAAGGUCGCAGAGAUAGCUGGUAACAGGAACAGGACUCAGAGCCAAGCCUGCUGUCUAGCAGCCCAGUGUGCCAUGCUGUUUGUGACUGUGUUGGCCAGGACACUUCUGGUUGCGAGUGACAAAAUCAAAUCACUCUAGCUUGAGCCAAAAGGUCAGAUCCUGGCGCACAUCACUCCUGUGCACGAGGAAAGAUGGCAACGGGCACACUUGAAGCCGGAGCUGCACACAGCGUUGUUGGGACUCCUCCUGUCUUGUCUCUUCUUGUCCUGCUCCUUAUCUCUGUGGGUUCCUCAAGGUGCUGGGGGAGAGGAGUAGCCUGCAGCAGUGCCGGGGGUGGAUCUGUGCAGCUUGGGAUCUGAGAGGAAAGCCUGGGACUGGCCUGGCCUGGGUCACUCCCCUGCAGGUGGGCUCAGGAGGAGCAGGGGGUCAGCCCCCCUCUGCCUCCCGAACAGCAUCCUGUGAAGUGGGGAGGGGCGGGCCCCCCAUAGUAGAUAAGGGUCCUUAUCAGAAGGAGGGAAGGAUGUUGGGCGGAUGGUAGCAACAGGUCACCCACACUGGGUGACCAUGCGGGUUCCUGCUGUUAGAUUUGCAGUCAGGGAUGGGUGCUGGCAGCGUGACAAGAAGAGUGGGACUUAACCAGAAAUAAAGGGGACUUAGCCUUUAAAAAUGAAACUAAAGGGGUGCCUGGAUGGCUCAGGUGGUUAAGCAUCUCACUCUUGAUCGUGGCGCAGGUCACAAUCUCACAGUCAUGGGAUUGAGCCCUGCUUUGAGCUCUACACUGACAGUGCAGAGCCUGCUUGGGAUUCUCUCUCUGCCCCUCCUCUGCUCAUGCUGUCCUUUCUCUCAUAGUAAAUAAAUAAACUUUUUCAAAAAUGCUAAAAGAAAACUGAAAAAGAAACUAAAAUCCCUCCUCUUUCCCUCCUCUCUUCUUUUAAAUUGUACUAAAUAGGUUCUUGACACAUGAUAGGAAUGUCUGCCCGUUCAUUGCAUGUUUGAACUUAUGUUUGCAGACCCACGGCUAACCACUGGGCUCCCUUAACCAGAGGCUGUAAUUUAGAUCACUAGUAGAGAACACUGGAUAUCUUCAUUUCACUAUUUAGCUUAUUUUACAUACUGCCUAGGGGUUCCAGUUUUUUCUGUCUUUCUAAUACAUGAAUGUGGGUUUAACUAGUGAUGCGAUUUUUCCAGGUCUGGAACAUUCUUUAGAGUGAAAGCCACCUGCAAGGUAAACUUUCAUAAGCAUCUUUUGCCCUUCCUUCAGGGCUGCGAUGAGGAGCCUCAUUCCCUCACGUGAUUCCCACACGCUCCUAGUCUGCUUAUGUGUUCCUUUAAGUCAGGUGGACACAGCCUGCCCACUUACCAGUCAUGGGACCUUGGUCAAACGCUGGAGUCUCACUUUGGUCAUCUGUAAGAUGGGUCACUGUGAGGCCCAGGUUUCCCUUUAGACCACCAUGCAAGUGGAAGAUGCCAUUUUCCUUGCAUCGUCGCGUUGUCAUAUGGGGCAGUGGCUGGAGUCUGUGGCGCUGGCCUCCGCUUUGCCUUCCGGUUCAGUGAGUUGGGCACUGUUGGCUGCGCCGUGUCCUGGAAGCCUCAGUGAAGCUGGAGCCAGGCCCGCCGCUUUAUCAGGCACGUCACCUCUGUGUCUCGGUUUUCUCACCUCAGAAACACGUUAGCUACUCCCGCCUCCGUUUCACACUGUGGUCGUGAGGCUCUGAUAGCCCAACAGACCGGAAGAGCCUUCGUGAGCUGUCAGCGCACUGACAGAAAUGCAAGGUGGCAUGACGACUGUGUGCAGGACGGCAUUUGUCUAGUCUGUUCUUUUUACAGUCACAUCAUCAACUCUGUUCCCUUAAAAGUCUAUUUGAAAAAUACAACACCGUAAGAUAAAUAUUUCGCUUUAGAAUUAAUAUUCUGUGUGCAUUAUGUUAACAAUACUCUGUACAAUUGUAAUAUAGUAAAAUUCCAUUAAAUGAUAGAGAAUGAUAUGCCUAACUGUCUCACGCCUAGACUCUUAAACUUAGAACAAUUGGUUGAUUCAUUUUAAAAUCAACCUGGAACCUAAUCUUACUUCCUGGUUGUCAGUAUUUCAGUUCUUAAAUUAAAUGUAAAGAUAACCAAGUAGUCUGUUUGUUUUCUAAAAAAAGAAAUGUACAUAUAUCCCCAGUCAGUACUCAUUUUUUUUUCAUGGAGAGCUGACGUCUUAAAAUAUUUUAAUUACUCUAUUUGUUUUAGUCCUACAGGAUCACAUGUUGAAUGGUGUAAACAGCUUAUAGCUGCUACAAUUUCUAGUCAGAUUUCAGGUUCAGUGACAUCUGAAAAUGUAUCCAGAGACUACAAGGAGAUUCAGGAAGAACACAAUGGCUACCCUUCUGAAGCUGAAGCUGAUCAGGCUCUAAGAGAUGGAAAUAAACUGGCACAGAUGGAAGAAGCGCCACUUUUUCCAGGAGAAUCAAUCAAGGCCACUGUGAAAGACGUCAUGUACAUUUGUCCAUUUGUGGGAGCAGUGACUGGAACCCUAACAGUGACAGACUUUAAGAUGUACUUCAAAAGUGUGGAGAGGGACCCGAAUUUUGUUCUUGAUGUUCCCCUUGGUGUGAUCAGCAGAGUUGAGAAGAUCGGAGCACAGAGCCACGGGGACAAUUCCUGUGGUAUAGAGAUCGUGUGCAAGGAUAUGAGGAACUUGCGACUUGCUUAUAAACAGGAAGAACAGAGUAAACUUGGGAUAUUUGAGAACCUCAACAAACACGCAUUUCCUCUUUCUAAUGGGCAGACUCUCUUUGCAUUCAACUACAAAGAAAAAUUUCCGAUAAACGGAUGGAAAGUUUAUGAUCCUGUAUCUGAAUAUAAGAGACAGGGCUUGCCAAAUGAGAGCUGGAAAAUAUCCAAAGUGAACAGUAGCUAUGAGCUCUGCGACACCUAUCCUGCUGUCAUUGUGGUGCCAACUAGUGUAAAAGAUGAUGACCUUUCAAAAGUGGCGGCCUUUCGAGCAAAAGGCAGAGUCCCCGUGUUAUCAUGGAUUCAUCCAGAAAGUCAGGCAACAAUUACCCGUUGCAGCCAGCCACUUGUGGGUCCCAAUGAUAAACGCUGCAAAGAAGAUGAAAAAUACUUGCAAACAAUAAUGGAUGCUAAUGCACAGUCUCACAAACUUAUCAUCUUCGAUGCCCGACAAAACAGCGUUGCUGAUACCAACAAGGCCAAGGGUGGAGGAUACGAAAGUGAAGGUGCUUACCCCAACGCGGAGCUUGUGUUCUUGGAGAUCCACAACAUUCACGUGAUGAGAGAGUCCCUGCGUAAACUGAAAGAGAUCGUGUACCCCUCAAUCGAUGAGGCACGGUGGCUCUCCAACGUGGAUGGGACGCACUGGCUGGAGUAUAUAAGGAUGCUUCUUGCUGGGGCAGUAAGAAUUGCUGAUAAGAUAGAAUCUGGGAAAACUUCGGUGGUGGUGCAUUGCAGCGAUGGUUGGGACCGAACAGCCCAGCUGACCUCUCUGGCUAUGCUGAUGUUGGACAGUUAUUACCGCACCAUUAAAGGCUUUGAGGCUCUCAUAGAAAAGGAGUGGAUAAGCUUCGGACAUAGGUUUGCCCUGAGAGUGGGCCAUGGCAAUGACAACCACGCAGAUGCUGACCGGUCCCCUAUUUUUCUUCAGUUUAUUGAUUGUGUUUGGCAAAUGACAAGACAGUUUCCUUCAGCAUUCGAGUUCAAUGAACUGUUCUUGAUCACGAUUUUGGAUCACCUCUACAGCUGUCUCUUUGGGACCUUUUUGUGCAACUGUGAACAGCAGCGACUCAAAGAGGAUGUAUAUACGAAGACUAUAUCUUUAUGGUCGUAUGUCAAUAGCCAGCUCGAAGAAUUUUCGAAUCCUUUCUUUGUGAAUUAUGAAAACCAUGUCUUAUAUCCCGUUGCUAGUCUGAGUCAUCUGGAACUAUGGGUAAACUAUUAUGUGCGAUGGAACCCACGAAUGAGACCUCAGAUGCCCAUUCACCAGAAUCUCAAGGAGCUGCUGGCCGUCAAGGCGGAGCUGCAGAAGCGGGUGGAGGACCUGCAGCGGGAGGUGGCCACGCGCGCCUCGUCCUCGUCCGAGCGGGGCUCGUCACCGUCGCACUCGGUCACCCCCGUCCACACCUCCGUCUGACGGGCUGCGGAGGGCGGCACUUCCGGCGACUCCAGUGGGCGAGGACGUCCUGCCCGGUGGCCCAGGCGAGGGACCGCAGCCUGUGCUCUGCUCUUCUAGGCUUGGGCCCGACGUCCUCCCAUUCUGGAAGGCACUUUCAGCCACUGACCGUUUGUGUGGGUAGGACCGCUCCCACCGUCGUCAAGUGCUUUUUGUUCUGUGACCCGUGCCCCUCCCGCCGGCUGUUUGUGGCAGCGCCUAUUGGGGACGGGGAGGAAGCAUGGGGUGUGGGGCUUCAGGUCUCUCUCCAGUUCCUUGGAAGGUAAAUCCUUCAUUUUCAAACGCACUCCAUUCACUUCCAGACCGCGUGCCAGCCACGUGGCUUCCUUCAGCUCUUUGCUCCAACCUGAAAAACGUUUCAAACUGAACUACUGGGUGGGGGCGGGCCCACCGCUGCCACCACGUCUCCCGUCCCCUUCACGCAAGGGGCCUCCUGCACCAGUUACUGCUGUGUACAUAGAAGGCAUUUUUAAGAAAGAGAAACCGGUCUUUAUUUUCCUACACCCUUUUUUUUUACGUUUAGACGAGGAGGCGUCCGCUUCCACGGGCUGGGCAAGCCCUUGCGCACAAAGCUCACACCAACUUGAUGUGGUACACAUCUGGCACGUGAUUCGAACGGGGCCCUGGAGAUGGCACAAUGUCCUGUCCUCCCCCCAGACACCCGUGCUCACCUCCCGGGCCGCGGCACCGGCCCUUCCUUUACUGCUGCCGGCUGUGUGUGCCCAUGCGAGCCUGCCCCCGUCCCGCAGCUGCCUGUCAGAGAGGUUUCUCGUUUUACAGAGACCCUGCGGCUCUGUUUGUUCUCGCCACCGCAUGGCCAUCGUCCCCAGCUGCCCCUGCUCCACCAGGUGCGUUCCCCAGCUCUGCUUGCUCGUGCGGCUGCAUGGCGACCCUUGGCUUCCCUGGAGCUCCCCUUAGCCAGCGGUGGGGUGGCCCGGGGUGGGGUGGGGGGCUGGAGCGGGCGGUGCCACCCUCCCCCGGAGGCGACCCCGAGACCCACCUGUGCGAUUGAGAAGCAGAACAGACCGUUCUCCUGGAGUGUAGCUAGCACAGAACUCUCUCUAAAACAACUUGAAUACUGUUACCUAAGCAGUUCUUUUUGUCUUUUAUUUAAGUGUACUAGAAUGUAAAACCUUUAUGGUUCCGAUUUCUAAAAACUGGUACAGUACGUAUUUGCCUCAUCUGAUGCACUGUAUUUCGAUCUGUAAUUAAAAUAAUAUGUUUGCUCCAC